AUGUCCGUACCAACGAUCGACUUGCGCAAGGCUGAGGAACCCUCCAGCCGUGGUCAGUCGCAGGAGGACAUACGCCAUGCUUUGAUUGACGUGGGCUUUCUUUAUCUGUCAAAUCAUGGCAUUGACGAGGCUAUCAUUCAGGACCUCGUGAACAUUCUUCCAGAUCUGUUUGCCUUGCCCGAGAACGUGAAGGAAUCUGUGGCCCUGGUGCAGUCUCCUCAUUUUCUCGGCUACAGCAAAUUUGGAGCGGAGAUCACUGCUCGAGUUCAGGACCAGAGGGAGCAAUUCGAGCUUGCAAAUGAUUUGCCUGACAAACGCAGCCUCAACCCUGCCCUCCCUUUGUACACGAGGCUCCAAGGUCCUAACCAAUGGCUCCAAACGGACGCUGUCCCAAGGUUUCGCGAGAUAGUCGAGUCGUACAUCACAGCCCUGCAAGACUUGGCCCUUCGGUUCCUACGGGUGGCAACAGAAGCUUUGGACCUACCACCUGACAGCCUUGUGGGCUUUACUGGCCCACAAGAUCGUCUCAAACUGGUACAUUACAGACCGUCUCCAGAUGCCACGUUCGACGCUCAAUCACAAGGCGUGGGCCCGCACAAGGAUAGUUCCGGCUGGAUGACCUUUCUUCUUCAGGCGUCAGAUCCCACUAUCAAAGGCCUUCAAGUUCUCUCCAAGGAUGGGGCUUGGCUCGACGUCCCGCCGGUUCCAGGUACUUUGGUGGUCAACAUGGGCCAGGCAUUCGAAGUGGUCACUAAUGGGGUGUGCAAAGCAACUACACACCGUGUCCUGCUCCCUCCCGGAGACUAUGACAGGUACAGCGUGCCGUUCUUUCAAGGCGUCAAACCGGAUUUGACGAAGCAAGAUCUCAAGACGCUAUGGGAGCACUUUGACAACAAAAGGUGGAAUACUAGAGAGUCGGAAGAGGGUCAACGCAUUGACAGCCCAUUUUUGCGGGCAAAAUAUGAUACCUGGGGGGAGGCACAAUUGCGGACCAAGAUUCGAAGCCACCGAGACGUUGGCAAAAGGCAUUAUGCUCAGGUGUUUGAAAAGUACAUCAGUGAUGAUUGA